UGUUGUUUGAGUCUAUGCAGUUUUCAAGUGUUGAUUUUUUUUUCUAGCUUGAUCACAGUUAGAGAACCAUUGAAAACCAGGGAGUAAUGGACAUCUUUUUCGUUCUAGUUUGGGACUCAUCGGCAGCACGCACCCCCUAGGUUUCGACCGCAGUGCCUUCCGGUUACAAGGCGAGCUGGCUCGUAUCCCAUUCAACCACUGGGACCCGAUCAAAUGAUUCAUGAGUUUCUAACUUACACCGAUUCAUGAUUUUAGCGCUCCCACUUUACAAACCAAACUCUUGAAAAUCAAUUUGAUGCUUGCUAGUGACUUCCUACACGACGAAGCUUCCUGGAGUUCUAGUGAGAAGUCGUAACCAAUGAGGUCUUAGCAAUUUGUUAUGUCUAUUAGCAUCAAUCUGUUUUAAAAUAAACUAUGAUGUAGUAUGACUUAUAAAUGUUAGAGAUCCCAAAUCUGUUUACAUUGCUAUGUACAUUUGUUAUUCUUUGAGCAAUUAAGUUAAUUAGUAGUCUUGAUGUAUAUAAUACUUCACGUCUUAAAUAUUUUUUAAUUUUAUUUAUUGUUCCCUUGGGUUCCUAGUGGAACAUAGGGCUUCAAAUGCACAUCUCCAUUUGCCACUUUUGUCUUCCUUCUGCUGUACUUUUCACCUGAAUCCAUGUUAGUCCAUACUGUUUCAACUCCUCUUCACACGAUCUUCUCCGUGUCACCCUUGCACUGACGACCUACCCGCCUCUUCCUUUUAGGGUUCCACUCGAGCAAUGGUCUGACGCGCGAUGUCACCCAGUGGCCUCCUCAAUGAGUGUUCAAUCCAUCUCCACUCCAUCUCCUGCAUAUUUGUUGGUUGGCGAUUGGUUUGUUCUUGUUUUGUUUGUUUCCAUAGUUUCUUGUUGGUGAUUCUUUCCGGCCCGGCCAUCUGAUCUUCAGUAUAGAUCCAGCGAAGACAGUUGCUGGUUGAUAAAGGUAACGUCUGCAACAGGUUGUUGGAAAUAUUCUUUGUGACCCGCCUACCAAGUUUCUAAUCCGUAUAGAAGAACUGACUGACUUGACGUUUGUAUUGAAAAUCCAACGGAAUUUUGUUGUUGAUGGUGGCUGAAUGAUGAAGAUUUCCAGAUUGGUUUCAGGUUGAUGAUGUUGAUGUGUUUCUCGCCUUCCCGAUUCUCGCUCGAUUUGACAUCCUCGUCCGUUCCGAUUUCCUGUAGUUGAGACAAUGCUGAAUGCUAGAUAAGUGAGUGAAUGAAGUAACUAACCUCUUUCAGAUCCCUCCCGUUGAUGGUGAUUGGCGCUGGAUGUUGGUUUUGUUGUUGUUGUUGGCUGGUUAUUUUCAUAACCUCCGUCUUGUUCACCUAUGUUCACCUGGAGUCUGGUCUUCGCCAGCUGUUUCUUCGACCAGUUUGUCGGUUUUCGCUUGUAAGUCUUCGAUUUUGUGUGACAUCAAGCAUAAAUCAUCCACGCGCGAAAUUCAGGUCUUCUAGGUUCUUCACGUCGGUCGAAGAUAUCGCUGUGUUCUCGUUUCCCACUGUCUCAGACAUAAUCCAGUCAGUCCACCACAAUUAGGAAUAUCAUUGGUGAUAAUAGGCAGACAGCCUUGUCUGACUCCUGUGUUUACUCCAAACACCUCGCUGAGUUUUCCGUUGUAGAUCACUUGACAUGGGCCGUUGUCGUAUAGCUGUUGAAUAAGGUUGAUGAAUAUUUGGGCGCUGUACGCUGUAGUACUCGAGUAGUUUCCAAAUUACUUCGCGGUCAACGCUAUUGAAGGCCUUCUCAGAGUCUAUAAAGUUGAGGUAAAUGUUUGGUCUUAAAUGAUAGUAGUCAAUUGCUAGGCUAUCCUGAAAUCAUCAUCUAAACAUUCCUUAUCAAAUUGUACUACAAUUUUGGGGGCAAUCUGAGUCAUAUUCACUCUAAUAUUCAAAGUUAGGUAACUUAGCGAUGAGGCCAAUAUUGAUGCUUACUGUGGAGAUGGAAUUUAUUAGCUUGUACACAGUCACCUUUCUUUCAGCCUAUGAGUUCUGAGGGUCAACGCCAUCCCCACCCGCACCCCUUCAAUUAAUUCAGCUUUAAACACUGGGUAUUAUUAUUAAUCCCCACAUAGUAAGUGUGACUCCAUAGCCUGGGGCAUGGGAAAUUGAUUCUGGGUGCCUUAGGCCUUAGUAAUUUCAUAGUUUUGAAUAUUUCUACCUUGACUGUCAUUCAUUAUCGUUCACUUUACUCUUUCUGUUAUCUAUGGUAAUAAAAGUUGAGGUUCUCAUGAAUUUUUCAUCGUAAAUAUUUUAGGUUCGCUUUUUAUCAUUCUGGUCAAAUAGUAAUUUACAAAAGGUGACAUUUAAUUCUGAAUUACCAUUACAUCGUAAAAUGGAUUGUUUACAAGAAUUACUUCAGAGAUGGUAUUCACCAGAGAAUAUUGGUGUUAUUGACGAUAAUGAUGAUGAUAUGUCUGGUGACAUAAAUUUACGGAGGGCGUGUUUAGACGAAAUUGGUUUUCAACCGACUGGUGGGAAUAAUCAGUCAUCAUUUCCUCAAAGUUGGUUAGAUAAGUCACCGAUUACACUACAACUUUACAGGUUUAUCCUGUGCAUCCUCACCAGAGACACUAAUGAAGAAAUCAAAUCUUGCGCACAGCUUUGGUUGACUAGUGCAGAUCAAUUAAUUCAACUACGUCAUUUGGAACGUUGUUAUCGUUUAUUUCUUCAAAGUUCUGUACAAAGACAAGCACGUGAUUGUUUGCUGGUCUCACGUAUGGCUACGCUGACGUUAAAUGUUUUCAAACCUUCAACGCUGCCGACUACUCCCCUUCUUGCUACAAAUAACUCUGCGUCAUCAUCUUCUGUGAACAUAAAUACCAGUAUAACUACACAGAACAAAUCUACGUGUUAUGUGCAAGAUCUACUUGAGUUGGCUGAGAAAGUUCGUCUAUUGGCUAUGCAGUUAUAUAUCCAUCGAUUUCAUCUUCCAGCUGAAGAUAUUGUUAAUCAAGUACACACAUGUCCAAUAUGUACAGAAAAUGUUAUUCCUGAUUUUAUGUAUUCUAAUUGUUCUCAAAAUCAUCCUUUAGAACGUUGUAUGCAAACUCUUGAACCGUGUAUAGAUCCUGUUUACCGUCACUGUAAACAUUGUAAUCAUGUUGCACUCGGUAUAUCUCCCCAUGAUCGUUUAUCCGCUUGGCGUUUAGCAACACUUCAUCCAAUGUGUAUAUAUUGUGACUUAUCAUUAACAUCGAGAGAAUUUUAACGCUGUUUUCCCUGUCUCUCUCUCUCUCUUGUGUGUGUGUGCUUUUACUGUAUGAUGAAACCAAGAGAUGUGUAUUUUAUUUUCGUAUGUAUUUUACAAGCAGACCACAUUAUUAUUAUUUAUUAAUAAACAAUGAUAUUAUCGAUGUAUGUAUUUGUUCUGAUUUGAAAAGGUUUUGGUGUUGCUUGUUGUUGUUGUUUUUGUUGUUUCUGCUUGUAUAUACAUAUGCGGUAAUAUGUGUGAAUUAUUUAUUUAUUCAUUUAUUAUAUGGUAGUUUACGUAAGAGAUUAAUGUUACAGGAUUUCAUCAUGAGCUGACAUUAGUUAGAGAACCAUUGGAAAACCAAC